GAGCGUUAAAAGAGAGCGAGUUAUCAGUGCUCCUCCAUUCACCAAUAUAUCCAUAUAUAUAUGCGUGUAUGUGUAUAUUCGAAUACGCAUAUAUACAUAUAUAAAACUCGAGUUUUGUUAAAGCCGUGCAAGAGGCUUCAUUUUCGAAACUUUCACUGCGCGCACUUGUGCUCCACCCUGUUGAGAAACAACAAUACAUCAAGAAAAGUCAGCAUCUUGAGUUUGGAAGAUAAACCGGUUGUAAUACCAAAGUUCCUGCUAAUCUAGUCGACGGAUAAACAGACCGAAAGUCCAUCAAAGUCAGAAAGAGAAAAAGAGGAGAAAACGAAUAAAGACAAAUAAUGGCUUCAUUAACGUCAAAGUUCAAAUGGGCAGUCUCGACGUACAACGCCGGUACGAAGCUGAUUGAGGUUCGUGGAUUGACAACAAAAACAAUGCCAAACGCUCGGGAAGAGCCGCGCGACGUAUUGCUCAAAUACCUCGAUGGCAAGGACAACGGAAUAGUUGUUCUUGGCUUGAAUCGUCCGGAGUCAAAAAACGCAUUCAGCAAAAGUCUCGUCUCUCAGAUGUCCGAUGCGUUGGCGAACGUAAGAGAAAAUGAGCAAAUUCGUGUGUUAAUAAUGCGAAGUUUGAUACCGAAAAUUUUUUGCGCCGGUGCUGAUUUGCGCGAGAGAGGAAAAAUGAUGAACGACGAAGUUGUCGAAUUCGUCGAUUCCUUGAGAGAUCUCAUGAGUCAGGUUGAAUCGAUCCCGGCGCCUGUCAUCACCGCCAUCGAUGGUUUCGCCCUCGGUGGCGGCCUUGAACUUGCCCUCGCGGCUGACAUCAGAACAGCCUCCAGCGAAGCUAAAAUGGGCCUCGUCGAAACUAAAUUAGCUAUCAUUCCUGGUGCUGGUGGCACGCAACGACUCCCGAGAAUCGUUGGAUCCGCUCUCGCUAAGGAACUCAUCUACACCGCCAGAAUCCUUGACGGCGAGGAAGCCAGUUCUAUCGGUCUCGUCAAUCGCGCCGUUCCGCAAAACAAAAACGGUGAUGCAGCUUACCAGGAAGCACUCUCCAUUGCACGGGAAAUUUUGCCCAACGGGCCCAUUGGCGUGAGAAUGGCCAAGGUCGCGAUAUCGAAAGGAAUCGAAGUCUCACUCGAGAGCGGCUUUGAAAUCGAGAAACGAUGCUAUGCAGAAUUGUUGAAAACUGAAGAUCGCAUCGAGGGAUUAAGAGCUUUUGCGAUGAAACGUGUGCCCGUUUAUCGAGGUGUAUGAUCCAUCGAAAUUUCGCCAUUAUGUCCGUUUCUCUCAUUGUCCCAAAGACCGAUCAUCAAAGACUGUUUUUUAUUUGUGUACGACUAAAAUGAGAAAGAGAAACGAUUACAACGGAAGCUCGUCAGAUUUCGACACUUUAUAUCUUUCAUAGAAAAUCUAUGGAUAAUUUUAUACCUUGUGGAGCAGGUGCAAUGACCGAUUGGUUUUUUCCUCUUCUGUGCGCGUGUACGAUGAAUUUUUCACAUUCGCUCAUACACAUUUGAAACUCUGUUACGACUUUAAUGACGGUUUUACAAAUUGUUUUUGUCGAAAUGUUUUUGUUUGUUUGUUUUUUUACAUAUUUAAACUGUAAUAGUUUGGUGUUAUCAUUGAUUGUAUCAACGAAUAAAAAAAUAGCUAUAAUAUACGUUA